GUUUGCUUUGAAAUAUGGCUGUCAAGCUGCAUUUAAACAAACAAGUAGCAGAGGUGCAUCAGAAGCAGAUCCUUCCAACUUCAUUGAAAAACAAGCUAUUGAUGCAGUGACUGAUAUUAACAUGCUCAGGGUGUUCAAGACUUUUCUUGAGACCACACCACAACUUUUUCUUCAGAUUUACAUCCUCAUGGAAAAUGGCAAAACUCAUUUCUAUCAAUAUGCUGCCAUUAUGAUGUCUUUUUGUGGCAUCUCCUUAACAAUGGUUGAUUAUCAGAUAUCACUACGAAAAUCUCUGCCUGACAAAGAUGAAUUUCAUGUGCUUUCCAAGUUCACAUACCUCUUCUAUAAAUUGCUUACCAUCACUUCGUGGAUACUCAGUAUUUCAUUGAUCACUCUACUCAGUGUCAGAAUUUCUGUAAUUCUGAUGAUAUUUCUUUGGAUCGGUGGCUUCACUUGGACUUUGAAACAGCAUACAACAUUUUGCAAGUCUAAGAAGAUGGAAUAUCUGUACAGGACUGUAGUUGGAAUCAUUCUAAUUUUUUCAUUUUUUAACAUAAAGGGGAGAAGAACAAAAGUCUGCAUUUCUAUUUAUUAUGCUACUCACACUGUAGUGACUCUAGGUAUUUUGUUUGUAUAUAUGUUCUGGAAACCUUCCAUUAUCAAAGAAAUAUGUUUUACAAUUGUAAGCAUCUUAACUGUUUUAAGCCUGAUGUUAGGUAUUAUUUUUCUUGUUGUUUAUUACAGCCAUUUUCAUCCCAGUACUUAUUGCAGACCUCAGGCAUAUUCAGAUGAAGUUGAUGGAGUAGCAGGGCAAAAAGUUAGAGUGAAAACUGGUAGAUUUCAGAAUUUCUUAAUGCAAUGAACAUUACAGGGUUUUGGUUUUUUUGUUUU